AUGUCGCAGAUGCUGCCGCCCGAGCCGCCGCGGGCCGAGUGGAGUCGCAUGGUGGCGGCCGCAGCCCGAACGACGAAUGCGUCCUUGACUGGCCGCCUUGACGAGUUCCUUGCCCGGCGUGCGAACGCCCCGAAGACCAGCCUCCUGUGCGUCUAUUACACGGAGCUGCCUGACCACCACAAUUUGUCGCAGUUGUUGCAGGCGCAGCUCGCGUACUUGUUCUUUCAAGGGGACCAGUGCCCGAUCAUGUACUGCAGUCGCGAUGGCGACUGGUGGGUGUGGGAUCAGACGUGGCGCGUUGUCAAGCUAUCGCUGACGAGAGUCAAAGCUAUCUUCCAGGCGAGGUUCCUUCCCGUGUUCCAGGAGGUUGCCGGGCGCUGUCGCGCAGAGAAAUGCUUCGGGGAGGGCGAGGAUGGCAACCCCCACCCCGAGCAACAGCUUCUGGACAAGACCGCGGCGGCGCUGGAGUGGCAGCAGGGCGUGGAGAAGAUCAUCCGGGAAUCUGCCAUGCUGUUCGACGGGGAGGCCACGUUCGACAAGGACCCGCUCCUCUUUCAGCUCAGCAGUUGCGUGGUGGACCUCCGCUCGAACACGAUCCGUCCAGGCCGCCCGGCGGACGCGACUUGCCCGCGCAGCCCGAUUCGCGUGCCCCAGAGGAUAGUCAUGUUCGGCGAUAGGUGGCUGCAGAACUCCGAUCUCGUAGAGUCGGAGUCGGCCGACGACCGCCAGAGGUCAUGGUCUAUCUUGCGGUCGCUGUACAAGCGCGAGGGCGACCGUCGCCCCGACGAUGGCGCCGAGGAGCUCGGGGGCGCGGGCGCCGAGAAUUUCCCGCGCAUGAUGCACCUGCAGGCGCGGCCCCUCGAAGGCGCGCCGCUCUGCAAAUGCGCGCUGCUGUGGUCUAGGUGGGGCCGCAAUGGCAAGGGCAUCUGCAAAAAGAUAUUCCAGGCCGUCUGGGGGGAGUACUGCGUUCCUGUCCGAGCCGCAGUCUUCACUGCGGACAAGCGCUCCGAGCACGAGCACAACGCGGCGGGCGCCUUUCGUCGCGGGGCCCGAGUUGCCUUCGGCAGCGAGGUCCAUUCCUCGGCUUGGAGCAACGCUGUCUUCAAGUGCCGGAACUCGACCGACCCCAUUGCCGUCCGCGCGUGCAACUCGGGCGAUACGGAGAAGAUGAAGCCCAUGUGCAUGUGCAUUUUCGCGUGCAACGACGUCCCGUGGUGGGGGCAGGCCCCGAAGGGCUCGGAGCGCGACCGCUUGCUGCCGAUGUGCAUCCCAAACAAGUUUCGCGACUCUUUCGACGCUCCUACGUCCCCGCGGUCUUUCCUCGAGGGCCGCGGGCUCGGGGCAGAGAUUGGCAGGCCCGAGUUCGCGAUCGGCCACCUGCUCAACUUCCUCACGACCAGGUCGUCCACGUCUUGGAGCGGGGGCCCUUCGCUGCGCGAGCUGGCAGCGACAGGGGCGAUGACCGCGGCGCACUGGCUCGAGGCGUGGGUGGCCGAGUGGAGCAGGUUGGACGGCGACGGCGCCCACGAGGGCGGGGUGCACGCGGAGUCAUUCGCACUCGCCCGGGACGUCCACGCCCGCCUCUACGCGCCCAGCCGCGUCCGCGCGUCAGGUCGUCUCGGCGCCAAUCUCGUCCAGAUCGGGGCCGCGAAAUCACGCGGGCAGAGAAUGCAGGCGUGCGUGGCCGUGCUCCCCUUCGAUGCGUCGCUGUGCAACCAGAUGUUCGCGGGCGCUGCCGCGUUCGGCGAUCCCUCGGAGUGCGCGCGCAGCGUGUCCUUCGACGCCUGCGCCGCCGCCCAGGACGAGCUCGCCCAGCCCGCCGAAGCCGAAGUGCCGAGCCGACGCUGCCGCUACACCGUCUGCGAGGUAGCCAACUUGACCGCGUUGCGGGCCCGGCGCGACGCCGGGGCUGCCGCCGCGGGCGAGCGUCGCCAGGAGUGGCUAUCCGCGCACGUGGAUCUCCUGGACCAGGCGGGCAUGGCUUGCGCCUUCAAGGACGGCGUCGCCCGCCCGACUUCCGUGUCAGAGUGCCCAGACAUCCGCGUCCUUCGCCGCGAGUACUACCAUAUCAACGACGUCGGCCGCGCGUGCGAGUCGGGGCCAGGGCUUCAGUCUUGCGCCAGGGAGGCGCGAGUCGUUGCGUUCGAGGGCCUCUGGGCGGUGUGCGAGUUCGACAUAAUUGCGGCGUUCUACCAGAUAUUCCUGGAGGCGCUGCGCCCGCACGUUCCAGAUGGCGCAUUUGAGCGCGACCUCGGGAUCGUGAAGAUGUACGCGGAUAAGUCCAGAGAGUGUCGCGCCGCCGUUGCCCAGUAUUUUAACAUCGACGUGUCCGAGGCCAAGGGGGUUUUCUCGCGGCUGCCGUUCAAGGGCAGCAUUCA